AUGUUUAACUUAGACAAAGAUGAACAAUUACGGAUUUCAAGCGAGAAAAUUGCUUUGGCAGAUGAGAAGAUUGAUGUGGCAAAUGAGAAGAUUGUGACGUUGGAGAAUGAUAAACUUGACCAAGAUAAAGUUAUAAAAUAUUUGCAGAACUUGACUCAUAAAGUGGUUAGCAAAUUUCUAAAAUUGCUAGAUAAGGAUGAAGAUGCCACUCAAGAAUAG